AUGCGUACGGUCCGCUCUAUCGCCCCCACGGGGCUGCGUGGCCUGCGCCUGGUCCGCACCCCGCGCCCGCCGACCCCGCCAGCCUCAGCCCUGGCCCUCCGCCCGCUGGUGGUCGGCCUCAACGCCUUUGACGCACGCAGGCUCGACGGGUACGCCGGCAAUCUGCUCGCCGUUGCUCGAUCAGCACGCUCGCUUUCUGCUCCGGGCCUUGCCUCCGGUGAUGCCUCCGCUUCCGCCCAUGCCCAUGUGCCCGGCCGCGAGGGCGUGGCGCUCGCGGCUCCCUCGCCGUCAUCGUUGUCAUCGCCUGCCGCCGCCCCGGCGCAGCGCCUCGCCUUUGCUCUGCCGGUCGCCUGGCCCGGUGCGCUUGCCGAGGACAUUGUUGUGCCGGUAGCGUGCGCCGCGCCGGUUCCGUCGUCGGUCGAUACCCUCACCGCCGCCGCGCUGCCGUACGCGGGGCUCACUGCGCUCGCUGCGGUCGACGAGGUCACGCGAGUCGGCGCCGGCGACGCCGUCGUUGUUGCUGGCGCAUCCGGCCCGGUCGGCGUCCUCGCCGUCCAGCUCGCGCAGCUGCGCGGCUCAGAUUCGGUGGUCGCCGUCGCCUCGCGCGCCUCACUCGACGCGGUCGCGCCGCUGCUCGGCGACGUCACCCUCCUCGCCUACGACGAGCCGUCCGAUGCGGCCGCCAUCGACGACGCCAUUGCUGCCUCGCACGUCACUAUCAACGCCGCCGCCGCCGAUGAGGACCGCUACUUGGCCGCCAUGGGCCGUGGCUCGUCGGCGCAGCUCCCGCCGCGGGCCUCGGGCCGCGCCCGCGCCUACGCCACCCUCAACGGCCCGCUGCCGCGUCUGACCGACGAGGGCGGGGUGGCGAUUGGCGGUGCGCUCGCUGCCUUUGAUCUUGCAGCCUCCAAGCUCGCCGCCCGCGCCGCAGGCUUUGACUACGACUGGGUACUGUUCCACCCAUCGGGGCCCGGACUGGCGAGCCUGCUCGACAGCGUCGCCACCGGACAGCUCACCCCGCUCCCGCACACCACGGACUCCCUCUUUACAUUUGGCCCCUUUGAGAGCAUACCCGACGCGUCGCCGACUGAAAGCCCACCAUCAGCCUCGUCCGCUGAGCGCGCCGCCCUUGACGCCGUCGUCGCCGCCUUCCGCACGCUCGACGCCUCGACCGGCUCCGGCCCCGGCAAGACCCUCAUCACCUUUGAGCGGGAGCGUGCCUGACGCAGCGCUUCUCACUUGCCGCCGGCGUUGAGCAGAAACUCGGCCUCCUUCUUGAGGUGCCGCGCCGUGUGCACUGUCGUCGUCAUCAGCUGGCCACACGGCAGCUGGUACAUCAGAAGCGUCAGGACCUCAUCCGGCCGG